AUGCGCGCCAACACCCUUUCCCUUCUCGCGGCCUUCGCCAUUGGAGGUUUCGAGCUGGUCACUGCCGAGCACGUUGAACGCCCCCGUUAUCUUCCUCGCGAGGUGAAGCGAAUCGUUAAGAACGGUACAUUGACAACUCGGAGUACUGAUAACUCGUGGAGUGCGAUCUGGCAAAGUAUCGAGGAUAGCUUGACUGCUCAGCCCACCACCACUCCUCCCGCUACGACGUCCGCCUCUACCGAUGCAGCGAAGCAGGUUAUUGUGGUGAUUUCCUCGGAUGCCGAGGGCCAUGUUCACACUCUCACGACCUCUACGGAAAUCAUUUCGGCUGCGGCAACUACUAGCUCGACUGCAGCAACUACUAGCACGGCUGCCAGCGCUGCUUCGACUACCAGCUCGGCCACUUCCACGGCGGCCACCACUAGCGACUCUCUUAUCGAUGACGUUUCCAACCUGCUUGGUCUUGGAAGUUCCAGCGCUUCUUCUUCCACCGCCAAGGGCUCUAGUGCGGCUUCCACGACGGCUACCUCCGCUGCGGCCACCACGACUAGCGACUCCCUUGUCGAUGCAGUUAGUUCCGAUAUCUCCAACCUGCUUGGAGUUACCGCUACAAACUCCAGCACCGCCGCGACCGCUACAUCGACAUCCGCUGCUGCCACCACCUCUUCCCAGGGUAGCCUCCUUGAGAGUCUCGGUAUUUCCAUUCCCGCAGCUGAGACCUCUACUACUCCCACUGGAUCUUCCACCAUCGCGGUUAGCGUCCCUGCCGUGUCCCCUACGGCUAGCCCGACUGCUACCAGCACCAGUGGCGAUCUCAUUGGCUCGAUUGUGAGCGGUAUUGCUUCGCUUCUUCCCAAUGCAACCGAGACUGGCACUGGCACUGGCACUGGCACUGGUAUCGGUCUGAUCCCUACCCCGGGUGCGGCUUCCAGCGGUGUUCCUCACCAGUCUAUUCCUCUCACCGUUUCUGGAACGACCGCCACUGGAACCGCGACCUCGAUUGGAAUCAUUCCCACUCCUCACUUGCCUGGAUCUGGAUCUGGCUCUGCUGCCAUUCCUACUCCUACUGCCACCCAGGAUACCUCCAAGGUCCCUACCUCUUCCGUUGCUGUGCCCACCACCACUGCGGAACCCGCCACUACGACCGCAGAGCCCUCCACCACCAACACCCCCGAGGAGUCCAACUCUAGCAACACCAACAACUGGAUUCCCUCCUCCAUUCUCGUGCUGCCGACUUCCACUCCUUCCGAGACUACUAGCACCGGUACCAACAGUGCUAGCUCCGAGCCUACUACUCUCCCUGGUUCCAUUACUCCCUCCAGUGGUGUCUCCGAGGCUCCCUCCGACUCGGUGCUGCUUCAGAUUGGUUUCGAUGGUCACCUCCCCUGGUCUUUCGUCGCUACUACUCCUCUGUCUUCUUCGCAGAUCUUCGAGUACGUCCCCAUGGCCCUGAAGAACGCCAUGCCCAAGGCCUCUUCCACCAUGUGGGCCCUUGAGCCUUACUACUCGUGGCAGACCACUGGUUACAACGCCACCCUGGCUAUCUUCUACUUCCCCCGUGACAAGGUCCAGGCCCUCAAGGAUCUCAAGCGCAACCCCAUCUCCGCUCUUUACCAAUCGUCCGAUGAGUCCGUCAAGACUCUGAUGUCCAUGGUCGACCCCUCCAUCCCUCUGGAGUUCGCCGGCAACUACCCUACCUCGGAUGGUUCUUCAUCUUCCAGCACUGGUGGUAGCUCGAGCAGCAACGGCGGUAGCAGCGAUGGCGGCAACAACGAUGAUGGCUCUGCCAAUUCCUCCAAGACCAAGGCCAGCUCCGUCGGUAUUGGUGUCGGUGUCGUUGCCGGUGCCGCGGCCUACGGUGCUGGUAUGUUCUGGGUUGCCCGCCGUUACCGCAAGAGAAAGCAACUGCACAAGCGCUCCAGCUCUACUGCCGAGCAGAUGAGCCAGGGCUCCGGUGCCGGCUCUCUCUUCGCUGCCGGUGGCCGCAUGUCCGGUAGUCAGCGCACUGCCCGUUCUGGACAGGUGAUCAGCGCUCCGGUCAUGGCUGAGAACUCCCUGGGCUGGAACUAG